AUGACUUCACUUACAACGAAAGAUGAUAAAUACAACUGUAGCGUAAGCAAGUCGCGUUGUUCUGUUUGUUCAAGAGAAUUUUCUUCGACCUCUAACCGAAAUAGACAUGCACUUAAAUUUCACAAUGCUUCUCCCCCUGCAAAUGUUGGGCGACCUUCAUUAGGUGGAAGGAAACAAGCCAACCAUAGAUACUAUAAAAAAGUUACAGCUGAAAAAACCAGACCCAAAUGCGCAGUGUUCUUGACUUCAGCAAUGGAAGAGUCGAAGUCUUUGGAUAAAAGUAAUUUAGUGUCAUCGUACCAGACCAGCCUUAAACAAUGGCAAUUACAACUUCAAAAGUCUAGACAAAUUAUGUCUCUUCCAACUCUUAACAACUGGCAAUGCGACUCAAGCUACUGGGAGUUUCUAACUUUCGCACUCAUGACCCAUGAAGUACGCAAUUACGAAUUAUACUUCGAGCAUGAAGUUUUUUUUAACUCGACGUCUCCUUUAAGCGCCGUUUAUUCCAGCAAUAGCUAUACUCGCGAGCAUAUGAAUAUCUGUCAGAAGUUCUGGACUACUCCAACGUCUAAAUUCAACUGUUUACUUAAAGCCUAUUGCAAAGCUUUUACAGGGUACUAUUAUACCCAAUAA